AUGUCUUCCUCACAGACUCCUUUGAAAGAACUUAUCACGCCGCCUUCAAGCCUCAUAGACGCACCUUUGACACCUCCACCAACGAACGAGAAAGCCUUCACCCAAGUUCCCCGAGUCAUCGCGCUUUUCAAGGAUAUUCAAGCCGGAAGACACACCAAGCAACACCCGUGGAUAGAAUUUCAACUUGCUCGUGGAGAGUACGAUGAGAUAGAGCGUCAGCUUAGGCGAGACGAGCCGCUAUUUGGAUACGUUAAAGACAAGAUACGAUAUGAUUACUACGGAGGAAGCCAUCGGCUUGUCGUUCGGAUGCCGACGGGCGUACAUGAGCUCUUUAUUGAUGGUGUCGAGGACGCGAUUCGAAGUCAACUGAAAGCGAUUCGCAGCGGAUCAGAUAGGGCAGCUCUCUUUGCGCAGAAGGUGCGGCCAGCCCGAUCAACCGAGAUAUCUUUUCCACAUGACGAUGCACAAUACCCUGGCGUUAUAAUCGAAGUCGCAUAUUCGCAGAAGAAGAGGUUGAGCCGGCUAGUUGAAGACUAUCUUCUGGACUCGGAUGCCAGUGUGCAGGUUGUUGUGGGUCUGGAUAUUGAAUAUGGCAAAGAGGGGUCGCGCAAGGCGACAUUGUUGGUGUGGAGAGCUCAAAUAGCCCAUACUACUAAUGGAGAUGAGCUAAGAGUGGUUCGAGAAAUCGCGGAUGAAGCGUUCCGGGACGAUCAAGGACAUCCUACUAAUCAUCCAGGUCUACGACUUCAAUUAUCCGACUUUGCUUGCGAAGAGCUUACACAAGAUGCGAUUAGAGGCGAAGAUCGUGAGAUAACCGUGUCUAGUCUGGAGCUUUGUCAAUACAUUGCUGUUGCAGAAGACAAGAUCCGGCGGCAGAGAGCCCUUGCCAGGCACUCUAUUCUCCCCGGAGUCAAGAAGCGCAAAAGAUCAGAGACACCGCCAGAGAGGAUGGCUUCUGAUGAUGAAGCGAAGUUUGCUAAGCAGGAGGAGAGGGCAGCCAAGCGUAUGGCGGACUAUGACCCUGAUUAUGAGGCAUGA